UGAACCGUACGGUCACCAGUGUUGAGAAAGCUUUGGAAUUGGACUCGGAGCAACCAGAAAAACGGAGAGAUUUUGAUUUAAUGUUUCAAUUUUGUCAUUCAGUAUGAUGAUGUGGGAGUAAAUCAUGGCCAAAAUAGUGACUGUUCCUGACGAGGUUAUUACGCCAAGCUCUGGAAGAUGGUAUUGGAAAGAAGACUCAAAUUCAUUGGAAUUUCAGCCAAGUGGCAAUGUCGCAGUUGAUCCAAAAGAUAGGAAAGGCCACUGGAAGAAGAAUAUUUCGUUCAACGACCACCCAGGAAAGAAAGACAGGGCACCAUCUGGGCGCUAUGAUGUGGACAGGGGUCAAGGGAAAGGACCAGCCAGGCAAGGGCUGACCUCCAAGUCUGCUCGGUCAAAAGCUACUAAAGAAACCACGGUGACCCUCCAAAGAGUCAAAUCUGUUGUUCUUUCCUCAUUGAUUGAAGUCAACGUUCAGACUCAGUCCUUUGAGAAGUGCUUGUUUGAAUUAAGCCAGUUUGACGAAUUUCUCUUGGGUCUUCUCAACUACUUCUCUUCCUUUUUUGAGCGAAUCACGCUGGAAAGUAAACCAAAGACAAUGACGACCGAGCCGAGUCAAGCCGAGAAGAAGGCCAUGGCAGAGAUCAAGGCUUACAUGGAGGCAGCCCAGCACAGGCUGGCCAAGAGUUACUGCGUGCUGAUCCUGGGCCUAGGGUUGCCCGAGCAUCAUCACAUGGGAUGUGGAAGUGAUAGGGUUUCAUCAACUUACAAAGACAGAGAAAUAUAUGAGACGUUGUACAGAUUCUGUGUCCAUUUGGUCUGGAUUGUCUUCCGCCGUAAGGAGUAUGAAGUCAUCAACAAGGAAAUGGGAAGGAUGCUUCGGUCGGACGUGUUCAACCCCGCCCUUCGCAUAAAGAACAUUCCCGAGGACGAGGAAGAUGAUGGGAAGGCCCAAGAGACGAUAGAUGCAGACCACCACAGCAAGAAGCUGCUGUCACCAGCUGAAUACAGGAGAAGAAAACCCAAGCGGCCGGCAAUCACUCAGAUCAUUAAUCAACGUUCACCAGUCCUGGUGUCCUUAUUGCCAACUCCUAAGGAGGAAAAUGAGUAUUUGUUUGAGCGGAUGACCCUGGACUCAACAGGAGGUAGUACUGGGUCGUCACAAGACGACGAGGGUGGUCAUAAAAUCAAGUUGUGCCACAGAGUUGGAAUCAUCGGGGAACCUCUUGACCAAUUCAAUCCGAUGACCCUAGCACCUCUGGGCUCAGAACAGGAUGAGGAGAACGACGACGACGACCAAGGAAAAGCCAAUUCACAGUUUGGAUCACCUAGCCCAGACCAUGGAGGUUUGACUCGACAGCAGACAGAAUUGUCUCAAGCAACCACAGAAGUGUUCUCUGACGACGAUGAUGAUGAUGACAUUCAGUAACUCUACUUGUCAACCACUUUGCUAUUACUUAGAGAAAUUCGCUUCUCUUUUAAUAAAUCAAUCCAUUGGAAGAGAUGAACGGUAGUAUGUCAAGAUGAUAUCAGGAAAAUUAUCCGACUUGAGAAAAAAAAUCCAAGUUGUAGUUGCUUCUGAGACUUGCAUUUAUUGCAUAUUCAUGCAGCAGUUUUGUUUCAGAUUCUGUCUGGAUUGAAAAAAAUAAUACAGGCGUUUCACAAUAG